AAUGCUUAUACACGCGAAAAUACCCUAUUUAGAUGAAUAAUGCUUCCUUUGAUGCUUUCACUUUUCAUUUCUUUACUUGAGCGACUUUUUGGCCUUGUGAGAUUCUGAGAGAUUGGAGAUGGCUCAUGCUGCUGUUGUUUCUCUUAUGCACGCUCUUGAGCAGAUCCUCCAACACCCAAAUCUACAUUUGAAUCUUUUUAAGCAGCAAGAAAUUGAUUGUCUUUUUAAAAAGCUUAAGUCUUUACGGGAUUUUCUUGAAAAAUAUUCCCAAAAUAGCAGCGAACAUGUGCUAUCAGUGGAAAUAAAAAUCAGGGAUGCGGCUUAUUGUGCAGAAGAUGUAAUUGAAUCCCACAUAUGCAAUACUGUUCUUUCACAAUCAGGAAGUCACGGACAGGAGAGUUCUUUACAGCACCUACUUCCUGUGCUCCCAAUAUCUGGCAGCGACCCUCAUACAGACUUCCAGAAGAUAAUAAAAGAAUUUGAUUCCAUCAUGGAAGAGGUGGUGAAGAUUGCGGACUUGCAGAAUAAAAUAACAGAAAUUAAUACACUCAUGGAAGAUUCUAUGAAGAUCACGGAGGGGAUCGGGCAGUCAGGGCAUUUUUUGCCAUCAAGACCGGAAUCUAGUGGCCAAAGUACUACAGUGGGAUUUGAGGAAGAUUUGAAGCAGGUAAGGGAUCGACUCUGUAAUGGAUCAUCUGGACUCCAAAUCAUUCCCAUUGUUGGGAUGGGAGGCGUUUGCAAAACUACUCUAGCUAGGAAUGUUUAUGAUGAUUCAUAUGUUGCGUAUCACUUUCAUAUUCAUGCUUGGGUAACACUAUCUCCGCAGUAUCAUAAAAAGAAAAUUCUUCUAAGCCUUCUAAAUCACUUUGUUGUUCUUACUGGUGAGAUACGCAAAGAGAGUGAUGAGAAAUUAGCAGAUCGCCUUUACAAAAGUCUAAAGGGUAGGAAAUAUCUAAUUGUAAUUGAUGACAUUUGGAGUACUACUGUUUGGGAUAACAUGAAAUUGUUAUUUCCAAAUGACAACAUUGGAAGCCGAAUUAUAAUGACAACCAGGAUAACAGAUGUGGCUGGUCAUGCCAGCUUAUCUACAAAACAUCACCAGAUGCGUUUUCUAAAUGGGGAACAAAGUUGGAAUUUAUUUCGUGAAAAGGUGUUUGGACAAGAAAAUUGCCCUCCUGACUUGGAAGAUAUUGGAAGGAAAAUUGCAAAAAAUUGUAAGGGACUUCCAUUAUCAAUUGUGGUGAUUGCUGGACUUCUCUCAAACGUUGGUAAAGCACGAGAUGAGUGGAAGCAUGUUGCUGAAAAUUUAAGCACAUUUAUAGCAGAAAGAGAUGGCCAGUGCUCAGAGGUAUUAAAUUUAAGUUUCAAGCACUUGCCUACUCAUUUGAAAGCUUGUUUUCUUUAUAUGGGAGUUUUUCCAGAAAACUAUGAGAUUCCCGUUUCUAGACUCGUCAAAUUAUGGGUCGCCGAGGGAUUUCUAAAACCGAAAAAACCUAAACACUUGGACGAGGUUGCAGAGGAAUACCUUAUGGAACUCAUAAGUAGAAAUCUUAUUUUGGUUUGUCGAAAGGGGUCUAAUGGGAAAAUUAAAUCCUGUGGCAUACAUGAUCUUUUGAGAGAGCAAUGCGUAAGGAUAGCUCAUAAGGAGAAAUUUUUUUGUGUCAAGAGCAAGUAUCUGCACUUUGGUCCGGAAGACGCAACGUUCAUGCGCCGUUUGAGUAUUCAUGACGAUGCCUCUUAUAGUCCAAGUGAAGAGGAUGUGACUGUGCAAUCAAUGUCUCGUGUACGGUCUUUCAUAUAUAGUGGUUGGGAUGAAACUCAAUUGCAUUCAUAUUAUUAUUUUGGUUGUCUGUUACUGAGGGUAUUGGAUAUUGUUGGACUGAAGCUUACAAAAUUCCCAGAUGAAAUACUUCAACUAGUUAACUUAAGGUACAUUGCUAUCACCUGUCUUGGUAAAAUCCCUCCUGCUAUUACCUUACUUAGGAAUCUACAGACUUUAAUUGUUGAAGAUCCAUGGGGAAUUGCAAUUGAACUACCAGAUGAAAUUUUUAAUAUGCCACAAUUGAGGCAUAUAAUAAUUUCUCGAGCUUUCCUGUCUCCUGUUUUCUCUAUUCCAUUCCCUGAUAGUGAUAAACAUUUCAUUCUAGAAAACCUAGAGACACUUUCGAUGGUACAAGAUUUAGGAAUGACAAAACACGUCCUUGAAAAAAUGCCAAAUGUAAAGAAGUUGGGAAUUCAUUAUAAUACCAAUAUAUGGCAUGUCUAUGAUGUCCACCUGCAAAAACUUAAAACACUAAAGAUUGUCUUUGACUCGCCUACAAAUUCAACUUUCCUGCGGAGCAUCACUUCUGCCCCAAGGCUCAAAAAGAUAACUUUGGAACGUGGUAGAAUUGGUUGGGAAGAUAUGACGAUUUUUGGUUCGUUGCCAAAUCUUGAAGUGUUGAAAUUGCACGAGUUUGCCUUCAUAGGCCCAGCGUGGGCACCAAUUGAUGGGGAAUUUCCUAAACUAAAAUUCUUGCUCAUUUGGGAGACGGAUUUGGAGCACUGGAGAGCGGACAAAGCCCAUUUUCCAAGCCUUGAGCACCUAAUCCUGCGGAAGUGCUCUAAACUGGUAGCGAUCCCUCUUGGUAUUGGAGAAAUAGCGACGCUUGAAAUAAUUGAGAUAGAUGACUCCAGUCCUUCUGCCGUGAUAUCUGCAGAGGAUAUACUUGAUGACCAACAGAGCCAAGGAAAUGAAGGCCUUCAAGUUCUCUUCCAUCCAACGGAAGCAAAGAUUAAUCCUUCAAAAUAUGGGUUAUGGCAAGAUGACUCAGGUGUAGUUUAUCGACCAAAAAGGAAACUCGAUAUGUCAAAGCAAGGGGCGUCUCCAACUAUUCAAAAUGUCGAGUCAUCACAGCCGCCUGUGACGACUGCGGUUAUGGAAGUGCACUUACACUGCGAUGGAUGCAUACAGAAAAUCCGCAAAAUUGUGGCCAAAACAGCGGGGUACGGGGAAAUGAAAAUAGACAGACAGAAGGAUUUGGUGACAGUGACUGGAGCAAUGGACAUGAAGGCUCUAGCUGAGACUCUCAAGAAACAUUUGAAGACAGAGGUUGAAAUUUUGCCUCCCAAAAAGGAAGGCGGAGGCCGUGAUAAGGGGAAAGGCGGUGGCGGUGAAGAAGUCGGUGGGAAUAAGAGGAAAGUUGGUGGUGGUACGGGGAAGGACGGUGGCGGUGAGGAAGGGCUGCACCAAAUAUUUAGCGAAGAGAAUCCAAAUGUGUGUAGUGUCAUGUGAGAGGAGGGGAGAGGAAAUUUGUAUAUGAAGAAUAGAAUGGAUUAUCUUAUGUUGGUGGGUAGUUAAUUGGGUUUCUUUGUUUAAUGGAUCGUUAAGGUUUCAGUAGAGUUAAUUAUGUUUUGUUCUUUCAUAAUUCUCAUUGUUUUUAUAUUAUUACUCAGUACAAACUACUACCAAGCACAAGUCAUCAUCUUUCUAAAUCUACUUUGACAUCCAUUUUUGACAUUCGAUGA